UGUACCGACCCUUCUUAUAGCGGAGCAGAAUGAUCUAGCUCGUUCUUGCGCAGUGAGCUGUGCACGCCGCUCGCGCUCCGACUCUCAGCGGGCGAGUUUUAUUUCAACUUGCCGCGCGCUUUUUUUGUUUGUUUGUUCUCUUUUAUUUUGUUACUGAACGAGCAACACAAGAUCCAUCGCCAAAUAUUCGCCACAUUUCCCACUAUGAAACUUGCGUUUCUUGUUGCUUUGGCGGUAUCUUUCGUCGGAGAUAAUCUGUCCCUUCCCACUGGAACAGAAUCGAAGAGGGAGGACUCGGUGACGCGCUGCAUUGUCCAGGUGCUGUCCAAGGCACUUUCCAAACCAAACGCGACGCCUGUGGAUCCAGAAUGCAGAGACGUCAUAAAAUCAGGCGUGAAACACGAAGCCGCGGUGAAGAAGAGCGAUGAUGAAGAGGUGGUCCAGAACAAGGAGGAGGAGGAGGUCAAAGGUCGUGAAGAGGAGCCCAGCCUCAGAGACCUGAACAAAGAGGAUGCCGAGAACAUCAAGGAGCUCCUGAAGGCGAUGGAGGAGAAGCGCCAAGAUCUGGAGGACAAACGUCACCAUGGAGACGGCACUGAGGAAGAGGAGGAGCAGGAAGAAGAGGAGGACGUCUCCAAGCGAAGUCACCACGGCACGUCAGACCACAGCCCCAGGGAGGAGCCAGACGCCGACGAGGAGAAAGAGAAGCGCAUCUGGAAACCGACUCACAGGUACCACCACAAAAAGCAUCGCCGCAACGGAGAGCCAUCGGAGGAAGAGUCUGAGGAGGUGAGCUCCGAGGAGAAGCGGUCGGAGUCUGAGGAGGAGGCCGAGGACAGGGAGAAGCGCAUCUGGAAACCCACACACAGAUACCACCACAAGAAGCACCGGCGCAGCGGAGGCUCGGACGAAGAGUCGGAGGAGCUCGCCUCUAAAGAGAAGAGGUCUGAAUAUCCGGAGGAAAGUGAGGAGAGGGAGAAGCGCAUCUGGAAGCCCACACACAGAUACCACCACAAGAAGCACCGGCGGAGCGGGGAACCUUCGGAAGAGGAGUCUGAAGAAAUCACCUCUGAAGAGAAGCGAUCCGAAUCAUCAGAAGAAAGCGAGGAGAGGGAGAAGCGGAUCUGGAAACCCACUCACAGGUACCACCACAAAAAGCACCGGCACACCAGAGGCCAGUCGGACGAAGAACUGGAGGAGCUGAGCUCUAAAGAGAAAAGGUCAGAGUUCUCCGAGGAGAGUGAAGAGAGAGACAAGCGCAUCUGGAAGCCCACGCACAGAUACCACCACAAAAAGCACCGCCGCAGUGGGGAAUCCUGGGAGGAGGAGAAGAGGAGCCAAUCAGAUGAGGGCGAGGAGGACGAGAGGGUCAGACUAGGCCACGCGGAGAAUAAGAGACACCAUCCAGCCGAAAUCUUUGAGGAGGUCCUCAAGCGGCACGGCAUGGAGGAGGAGGACGAGGAGGAAGGGCCAGAGCAGAGGCACCGCCCAUCAAAGAAGAGACACGAGGAGGAAGAGGAGGAAGAGAAGAGGCACCUCGACAAAGAAGACGAACCUCGCCGAAAUGAGGACGACGAAGAGGAGGAAGCGGAGAAAGAGGCAGCGAUGAGGUACCUGCUGGCCAAGAAGAGGAGCGAAGAAGAGGGGCACCUCCUCAGCGAGGAGGAGGAGGAGGCGAUGGAGAAGAGGUCUCCCUGGGAGUACCGCGGCUACUACCACCCGGCCUGGUGGAAACGCGCGGCCCUGGGGGGCGGAGCCCUGAGGGGCGAGGCCCCGGAGGCGGAGGAGGAGAGGAGGAGCUGGUGGAGUGAGCGGCCAGCCCACCGCCCGCCGGAGAAGCGGCCGUACUCCGCCAGCCAGAUGGACCAGCUCGCCAAACUCCUCAACUACAAGAAGGCCGAGCUGGCCGGCCUGUCGGAGCCACAGGAGGAGAAGCGGACUCUGCACCAGAGGCCUCUCACCCCGGAGGAGGAGAAGGAGCUGGAGAACCUGGCAGCCAUGGACGUGGAGCUUCAGAAAAUAGCGGAGAAGAUCCACGAGACGCAGAAGGACUGAGCGGGGACGUGACGGAGAGCGACGGCUUCUACGGCCAGCGUAACGAGAGCGACGGGCGAUGGCCGCCGUCUGACAUGCAGGGCGGCCGCUCUUCUGCUGAAAAUAACAUUAUUUUAAAAAGAGUAUUUAAGAAAAAAAAUAGCAUUGUUCCUGAUGCACUGGAGUAAACAUUUGUAUUUGUGCCAUUGAAUUAAAAACAUUUAAAAAGUUACACACACACACACAAACAGACGCACACACACUGGCAUGGGAAUCAUUUAGAACUACAUAGAAACCUAUAUGGAAAAACAAGUGUUUUGCUUAUGCGUUGAACAUUUGAAUGAUUGUCUGUGUUCUUAACAGGUCAUUGUUUCUUUUCUGGCAGUUGCCAUUGCAUCAAUAAAGAUUAUGAAUUAUUCUGGGACCAAAAAUA